AUGACUGGACCAACCAGGCCAAAACUGGAUGCUGAAUAUUUGAAGACUGCUAAGGAGCAAUUUCUUGCGGUCGACUAUAACGAAAUCCAUGAACUUGAUGAAGCAGCUAAGAAGGAGGUAUUCGAGUCCGAAAUUGUUUGGAGGAAUGUCGCCGUGUUUGUUAUUCUGCAUGUACUAGCCGUUUUCGGCCUAUAUCACCUCAUUUUUACGGCCAAAUGGUUGACUGUUGGCUGGAGUGAGUUGAUGUCUUUAGUGCUUUUGUAA